AAGAACAGGCAUUCCAUAUAUCAAUGAAGGCUUUGUCUUUGCUGAAUAACAAUGAAGGCUUCUAUAGCUUUGGUUGUUCUUCUUUUGGGACUGGUGGCUCUUCCCACAAAGGGCCUGAUGCCGUACGCCAGGAGUACGUGGGAUAUGAUGUUGCCGAGUGAUGAUCCUUUUCGAAUCUUCGAGCAGACUCCCCUCAACAUGCCCAAGGCCAUGGAGACCCUCUCCCUUGCAUGUGCUGACUGGAAGGAGACUUCCCAGGCUCAUGUGAUCUCUCUCGAUGUUCCAGGGGUGAAGAGGGAAGAUAUCAAGAUAGAAGUAGAGGAGAACCGGCCGGUGCUGAGGAUCACCGGAGAGAGGAAGAUCGAGGAGGCGGUGGAGGGCGAGAAGUGGCACCGAGCUGAGAGGAGCUCCGGCAAGUUCUGCAGGCAAUUCAGACUCCCGACAAGCGCCGACAUGGACUCCAUUAAAGCCCACCUGAAGGAUGGAGUUCUGAGAGUUACUGUGCCCAAGCUGGCUGAGGAGAAGAAGAGACAGCCCAGGGUGGUGAACAUAGUAGAAGAGAGCAAUAAGGGUGAAGACACCAAGACAUCCAAGAAUUAACCUUAUAUAUGCUUAGUGGAAGAAAGCUCUUUUUAGCCGAUUUAUUUUCAGUUUUAUAUAUUUUAUAUAUUUUCAUUUGGAUUUGGAUCUGUUUAUUAGCUCUGAACUUGUUACCGAAAUGAAAUAAAAUGGCGUUCCAAGCGUUAAAUUGCUCCA